AUGUUCGCCCUCCCGCAACGCACGCGCAUCAUCGUCCUCGCAGCGAUCGUCCUGAUAGUCACCGUCUUCUUCCUGGUCGCAUCAUCACGUCACUCCCGACUCCCCGUGUCUCUCUCGAUCAUCCCUGGGCGUUUCGGCUCGAGGACCAGCACAUUGGAUCAAGUCUUCAAUCAGACCCUCGGGUUUGAGAGAAUCUAUGCCAUCUUUCUCCCCGCCCGCACCGACCACCGAGAUGCCAUUGCCCUCGCGGCCGCUUUCACGGCCCUGGACAUUGAUCUCGUCGAUGGCGUUGAUGGGAGUUCGGUUCCAUCGUCCGCUCUUCCGCCUGAUGCCGCUGCCGCGAACCUCGAACCGGGCUCGAUUGGAUCAUGGCGUGCACAUCUCAAUGCACUCCGGACCAUCGUGAAGCAGAACAUCUCCACGGCGCUGAUCUUGGAAGGCGAUGUGGAUUGGGACAUCCGCAUCAAACAGCAAAUGCAAGACUUUGCGCGAGCAUCGCGUAUGCUCGUUCAGCCCCUGAGCGGGAGCAACGACGAGGGAUUCCUCGAUCCUACCUACCCUCGACCAGCCCCUGGACAGGAUCCUUCAGAUUUCAUCGUCGGACGAGAGAAAGUCCGAGAUCCAAUUUCGUCACCGUACGGCGACGUGGACAGAUGGGAUGUGCUAUGGCUCGGUCACUGUGGCGCCGAACUCCCAGCUGCGGAUGAAUACGGCAACGCGCCCCUCGCUCGCAUCCUCCACGAAGACGACGAGACCGUCGCCGAACCACAACAUCUCGAACCCGAAUGGGGCUCCGACGACUACAAAACGCAAUUCCCCCCUCACACCCGCGUCACCAGCAGGACCCGCAAAAACGUCUGCUCCCUCGCCUACGCCGUCACCCAACGCGGCGCCCGGAAGCUCCUCUACGAGAUCGGCCUCCGCAGCUUCACCGCCAACUUCGACCUCCUGAUGCGCCACGUCUGCGACGGAGCCGAAGGUCGCACCAUGGCCACCUGCCUGACCGUCCAACCGCCGCUCUUCGAACAUCAUCGCCCCGUCGGCCCGAAUUCCCGCGUCAGCGAUCUGGCGGAACACACAGGCUACACCGAGGAGGCUUUUACGAUCAACAUCCGCUGGAGCACGCGGGUGAAUUUUGCGAAAUUGGCAAUGGGAGAGACGGAUUAUAUUGACACGCUGAAAGAUGGCGAGCCGGCCGCCCAUAAGGCUGACUCGAAGGGUCCCUGA